UGUGUCUGCUUGCAGCGGCUCCCCUUCGUUGCCUAGACCAAAAGAAAGCCGGGACGUGACGGAGCCGGGGGUUUUGAUUGCUGGAGGCCCGCUAACCAUUAGAAACACCGCUUCUUCUUCUCUGAAGACACUAACGCGAUCUGUCUUCACUCCUCGUGCUUUAUUCCCCAUCCUAGAACUAAUAUCACUAACAUGUCCUGGCAAAGCUACGUGGACAACCUGAUGGCUGAUGGCAGCUGCCAGGACGCGGCCAUUAUGGGCUACACGGACGCCAAAUAUGUCUGGGCAGCGAGUGCAGGCGGCACCUUUAACAGCAUAACGCCGGCUGAAAUCGAUGUGUUAGUAGGAAAGGACCGAGAGGGUUUCUUCACCAGUGGGCUGACCUUAGGUGGUAAAAAGUGCUCAGUAAUCAGAGACAGCCUGCAAAUUGAAAACGACUGGACAAUGGACAUCCGGACAAAGAGUCAAGGAGGGGAGCCAACAUACAAUAUUUCUGUAGGCAAAGCAGGCAAAGCAUUGGUUAUUGUCAUGGGGAAAGAAGGUGUCCAUGGCGGAGGGCUCAACAAGAAAGCAUAUCAGAUGGCUGAUUACCUGAGGAAGCUCUCCUACUAAAGCAACCUGUAACCAGCUACCUAGCAGUUCACCCUUGCCACCCUGUUGCAUUUCACACUACUUCCAGUCCUAGUUUGUAGUUAAUUUUUCUGCCUUCUCCCCCCCUCAUUUACCCCCUUUCCUCCACACAUUGCUCUGUAUAUUCUUAUAUCUCCUUACAAGCACUCUUCUGUUGAUCCAUAGCAAAGACGAGCAUGUUGCUAAACAGGAUGUCAUGACAAAUCUGUACUUAACAGAGACCAGCAAAAAAAACAAACAGGAUUUUGACAGAACACUUAGACAAAGGAAGUUAUAGCAUCAAAUUGUAGAUUUUUAUUUUUUUUUUUCCUUUUGUGUUUUAUGGUACCUUCCACUAAAUCCUCACAGAUCACACACUCCCUCCUUGAGCAGCCUAUGCCUUUUGGAGCAUUUGAGCUCCAACAGAGCUCGUCAUGUCUUCCUUUAUUUCCUCCAUGUAAAGGGGGGGAGACUGUGCAUAUCUGUUAUCUUCUACCACCUUUACACUAACCUUCUUGCCAAAUUAUUUAGCUUCCCCCAUCAGUUUGGCUCGAAUCGGACGACACUACAUAACUUCUUACCCUUUACUGAACACUACCCACCUCUCCCAGCAGAGUCGCUGUACUGUCCAGGAAUGGUUUUGAUGAAAGGGGGGGUGGUCUUUGCAUGGGUGCUGUUCAUAUUCCAUGCAGAUGGUCCCCUCCCCACACCCACCCACCUGGCAUCACAACCAUCCCAACACAAAAUCCAUGGACAUUCCACAGUAACGGGCUCAGGCACUUAACACUGUUUAGUUUGCCAUUUUCUGUAUUUUAUUUUAUUUUUUUUGCUUUAAUUUUUGAAAGGCUGCCAUUUAUUUGGACAGUAAAUAUCCCAGCAUAUACCAACCUGGAACGUGUCCAGUUUUUUCCUUUUUUUUUUUUUCUUUUUAUAGGACCAAGUGUAGUUGCGGCCUGGGUGUUUAUACAACUGCUUUAACUCAUGUGAAGGAUGACACAUUUUUUUCUGAUGAAGGAAACUAAUCAGGCAGAUGUUUGAAGUUAAAACUGAAGGGGUACAGUGCAGGGUGAACCUGAAGAAAAUCCUCACUACUGUUAAAAACAAACGCAUUUGUACAAACCUAUGCUGUGUUGACAACUACAUAACUGUGGAAUAAAUUGCCUUUAGUCAGCUGAGCUGUGGGGGCAUGACUUGAUCAGUCUAAGCUCAGAACUGCUAACUGUAAUGUCCAACUGAAAAACUAACUUCUAAAGUAGAAAAUGACACUCGAUGGGAGAUGGUAUUGGUUGGAACAAAGAUGCUCAUGGUUGUCUUGUUGAAACUUAAGAACCUGUGUAUCCUGUGCCAUAAUGCAGAGAUCUGAAAGAAGGAUUUUAACCCACUGUUGGCUAAGGAGUCAUUUCAUCGGCACUUUGUAGCGUCAGCUCAACUGUUUAGGCCUUGUGGGAUAUGUGUACUCAUAAACACUGUUCAAGUCCUGUUUGCUGAUCUGUUAAUUUCCUUUCCUCGCCACCUUUUCUUUUGUUUUCUUACAUCUGGGAUACAGUCUUUAAUGCAUCUGAUGUUGUAUGCAUAAACAAAGAAAUGCCAUAAAUUGAGUUAUCACCUUGUUUACAGACAGAUCAAAUAAAUUUAUUCCAACCAGAA